UUUUUUGCUUGCGGGAGUUUACUUUGCUCACGUUCACUUUAGGAUUUGACUCAUCGGUUUGUUGGGGGGCACUGAGUCAAAGCAUGAUAGUGCCCUCCUACGAAAAUAUUACUCGUGUGUGUGUUCUUCAACUAUGCCACAGAGGACAGAGAGGAGUGCGCCUGUCCAUUUAAAAUACAAAAAUCGGAUAGAGGAAACAUAACAAAAUGAAUAACAUUUAUCUAAGAGCAACAUUGAAGAACUGCUGAAUUGGUAGCCUAAAUUGUUGAAAGGAACUCGUUUUAUUUCGUAUCGGCGCAGCAAGCCACGUUUCUUAGAAUGAUUGACAACGGAAUUUUCAAUGAUCUAUUUGAUUAUUCUGGAAUGAACGGUUGGUGACGAACGGCUCAAAUGGGAAGGAAGACAAUUCAUUAACGAUGAACAAUACUUUAUCAUGGAAAUUGGAGUGAUUCUUACCUAAUUAAAAUCUUUUUUAAAGUGUCGUCUCAGUCAAGACUAACAAUGUUACUGAUCAAAUUGAUUAUCUCUACUGCUUUUCUUUUCAAUGGUGGUUGUGAGGGCUCUCUGCUUCACUCUGACAUAAGAGCCAGUGUCAGGUCCUUGGGGAGGAAACAUGGGCAGCAGCAUGAUCGGCAUGCCGUUAUUGUUGCCUCCCAAUGUCACUACAUGCUCAAGCACCUCCAUGGAGGACAGAUCUCAGUGCAUAUGCCACCCAACAUCGCAGGCCACUGGGUAUCCACCAGCUGUGAGGUCAGACCUGGGCCAGAGUUCAUCACCAGAUCCUAUCUCUUCCACCACAACCACACCUUCCAGGUCCUCCUGUUCCACUAUAGGGACAACCGCUGCUCCUCUCCCACCUACACCAUUCUCGCCCGGGGCCAGCUGCACCUGCGCCAGGCCUCAUGGGUGGUCCGCGGAGGCACCGAGGCCAACUACCAGCUCCACAGCGUCCAGGUUGUGUUCCACAGCCCUGAGGUAGCCAGGAACCUCAGCCAGUGGCUCAAGCCCAGCUGCGGAGCUUCAUCCCUGGUUGGAGGGGAGUCGUGGGAGCCCUGGGAGCCCCAUAUCAGCUAUGACCUGUGGGGCGAGGAGAAGGAGCGGGGGAGGGAUUGUGCCCGCAGGCUGGGUUUCACUAUGAAUGAGCUGCAGCUGGUGCGUGUGGAGCAGCGACGCCAUCAUGGCGCCCAGGUCCCUGAUGACCACACUGAAGAGCUUUUCCUGGGGGAUGUCCACACUGAGCGAGCCCAGAGGACCCACCACAAACCCUCCAGCUACCAGCCGCCCCUGCAGCACACCAAGAGCCAUGAGCGUACCUGCCUUAUCUGCAGAGUCAUGGCCAGGGCGGACCAGCAUCAUCCUCCCAUCCUGCCCUGCGAAGAAAACCUAUCCGUCAAACUACAGGGCCAAUGGGUAAGCCAGCGGUGUGAGGUCCGCCCUGGGGUCCUCUUCCUCACCCGCCAUUUUGUUUUCCACAACCACAACCGCACUUGGGAGGGCCACUACUGGCAUUAUUCUGACCCAGUGUGCAGACACCCCACAUUCAGCCUGUACGCACGGGGUCACUACAGCCACGCAGUCCUUUCCACCAGGGUCCUGGGAGGGACAGAGUUUGUCUUCACAGUGGACCACAUGAGGGUGACCCCCAUGGACCAGGCCACCACCUCCCUGCUCAAUAUCUUCCGGGGUAAUGAGUGCGGGGCCGAGGGCUCAUGGCGCCAGGGAUUGGAGCAGGACGUCACCCCCACCCAUGGCUGUGCCGCCCUGGGCAUCCGGCUUCCGCACACCGAGUACGAACUCUUCCGCAUGGAUCGAGACUCGGCGGACCACCUCCUUCUCUUCAACGGCCAGAGGCCCACGGAUGGCUCCAGCCCUAACCAGCCCCAUAAGACGGCCACCUCCUACCAGGCUCCCCUAGUGCAGUGUACAGGGGCCGACCAGGGGCCAACGGAUUGGGGGAGGGAAGCCGACCAGCUCCAUAGGCUGGGGAGUAGCUGCUGCAAACAGGGAGAAAGAGGUGGCAUGCUGGAUGUGGUCAAAGUACUGCUUAUUGCAGCUAUACCCGUUCUGUAUCUCAGCUAGGGUUAGCAGUGGCUGAAUGUUGUGGAGCAGCACUGACUGUGCAUUGGACUUUUAGAUUCUUAAUACAGUGUAUGUAAUUAAUGUUGAGUUGCUACAUUCUCAUUGUGUCGUGUUCAGUAGGCAUGAAACACUAUGACAGGUGAAACGAUGAUCUACUGUACUAAAAAUGCUUGUUUUCGUACGGUGUGCGCUAAUGAACACGGCCCAACACAAGUUGUCUAUGGCCGUGAUUCAAUCCAAUCACGCUUUGUCGACAAUGCCAUUUAAAAGUAAUUUCGAUUGAGCCGACAUGGGACAUCCUAAUAACACGCCACUUCGAUACAAGUGACUUUUCAGGUUUCUCGCUCUCUCUCCUUGCCAUAUUACUGGUUUCUUCCUUUCUCUGUGUAGGUAGUCAUGAUGGUUGUCAAUAUUCAAGCUUGUGGAUUUGAAACUAAACUUAAUUCUCCUAACCUACUACAAAAAAAGUUGGUGGCGUGUUUUUAAGGAAUGUCGAGCCGACAUAUGCAGCACUUACCGUGAACAUUGCCUUUACAAGCCCCAUGGGGUUGAACCUCAGCCUAUGCAUCAUGCUCCAUGCAGCUCUCUCCAAUGACAUUCACAUGGCGUUUGCAAUUGGAGUUAAAAGGAAUGGAGGACACCAAACACAAAUGGAAUCGAGCCUCACUCUUCCUCAAAGACAAAAGAUGCACAAAGAUGACAAACUGCCACAAAAAUAAUGUUAAACAUUUUAUUUCAAUGUUAAAUACCAUGGGACAGGACUGCAAGAACAGAGAGAUCUUUUCAGUCAAUGUUUGCCUCACGAGGGAUAUAUAUAUAACUUGUGUAAAGAAAAAGAAAAAAUCUAGAAAGAAAUUUAAUAAUUAUGUGUGUGUCAGUAGGAAACAGGAAAUGUCCAUGGAAGGAGACACCUAUAUUCCCAGCAUACUGUAUUGUUUCACAUUCCUCAAGAAAAAUUAAGGAUUUAAGAAUUCAGUGAACAUUUAAAUGUAAGAGGCCAUCCAGCAACAUUUAGCAGUCUUUUGCUUGGAAGGCCCCCCCCAUCCCAUUUUAUUAAAAUGAUUAAAAUAACAUACAAGACACUGAACAUUCCAACUCUUAUUAAAACCACAGAAAGAGAACUCAUUAGAAUUGUUCAACCAAAGUCUUGAACCCAGUACCCCGACUCGCCUGUUAUCGAUGCUCUAACAAGUGUAAAAUUUGAGUUAAGAAAACCUCCCUCUCCUGAUGCCUCACCCCCCAAAAAAAGAACA